AUGACCGACCCGAUCAAUGUGUCCUACACCACUGUGUCGGUUGUAACAAACGCCCAACUGAGCAUCAUUGCUCUAGCAGACCAAAUCAAAACAACUGGAGACACACCUGAGGUUUUGACCGACCUCUUGAAUCAGUUGGCUUCUCUUGAAACUGUUGUACACCGUCUUUCACUCGCCUCUGGCUACUCCCCGGCCGCGGCCAGGGAUGACAUCGAAGCGCACGUUCAUUCACUCCUACUGGGCUGCGAAAAGACAUGCGACGAGUUUGGAAAGACUUUUCGCGCUUUUAUUGACCGCUCGUUGGGUGGAACAACUCGCAAAUUGGACCGCGAUCGCUUCGGUAUUUCUGGAGAAUUAGAGGUGCAAUUGCUGAGCAAACGGCUGGCCCGGUGGAAGAACGUUUUGUCGAGCAUCAUCGACCCUUUUCUACUUUCUCCUCUACAUCCCUCGGAGAACGUCAGCCAGGAGAGACAAGCCGAGCUCCUAGCCAGGGAGAAUGGUAUUGUAAAUGUGAUCGGAGGGCUUGACGAGGAUGAGACAGUGCUUCAGGACAAGCUGGUAGCCCUCAAUCGCAUCGUUCGUCAAACUGAAGAGCAAGCUACUGAGAUCCACUACUCGCGAGAAUUACUUGAUAAGCGCCGCUCAGAGGUUCAUUUGCUACGGACUGGUCAGCGAAUCGAAAUCAGAGAUAGUGGUCGGUUUAGACUGGGCGUCACUGAUUCUCGUCGUGGGAAUCAUCCCACCCAAAACAUCCAAAAUGUUCGUGUGUGCGAAAGCUCGCAGGCUGCCAUUGGCGUGUUUGGCGAUUUGGAUGUGAACGCUUUCUUUCGGGUAUAA